GGAGGUGGAGCACCAGUCCUCCCUCCAUUCAUUGUGAGCAAAGUCUCUGUCUCCUGCUCGCACCUGAUUGGCCGCCUCUGCAGAGAGAGAGAGAGAGGGAGAGAGAGAGAUGUAAAGCGUGCAGUGAAAGAGCAGGGGAGGAGUUGGAGCGUGUGAGCAUACUGACACAUCAGAGCGAGGAAAGAAAGCAACAACACGAGAGACGGAGAAAUGUGAAGAGCAAAACGCAGAAAAGGAUCUGUUCCCAGGCCUCAUCUGCUUCUCGCUGAGGGAGGGCAGCAGCUCCACGCUCAUCAUCACCUUCAGCCUUCAGUCGGAUCUCCUCAGCAAAGACAGAGCCAUGCAGGAGAAGCUGCUGCAGAGGAUGCCAGAGGCGAGGAGGUGACUAGCGUGUGGUGAGGCCUGAGUGCAGUGUGGAUGCAUGUGGGACUCUCGUGGCCUUUACCCGGAUGGAAUCGGUCCCGGCCGGUUGGCACGGAAAGAGAUGUGUGAGGACCGCUGCUAGCAAACAAACAGGCUCUUGUUUCCAGUCCACAUUCUGUCGCCCCGCUGUCCAGCAGCUUAUUGUUGUUUGAAACCCUCGCCUUGUCUCAAACAGUGUGACUGAGUGGGAGCAGGUUUUUCUGAAGUCUUCCGUGCACUGUCUGUCCGUACUGUUGGAGAACUCCUGAAGUCUUGUUUCCCGAUCAGAAAUUGGACUAGUGCCUUAAGGGUGCGAGGUUCUGAAGCAGCGAGCGGCUUCUGUCAGUGGGAGGAGGACGACUGAAGGACCGUGGACUGUGUGUGUGUGGGGGGGGGUUAGGACACGUGCUCUGCUGACUGUCACCUACUCCACAACCAGCUGGAACAAGCUAGGUACCAUGGGAUCGGUCCUAUGAACCAGAAGCAGAGGAAGGUUUGGACAAGUAGACCAGCCUUUAUGCUUAGUGUCCUGAUCCACGUGUCCAAUCACUCACUCUGCAUAAGGAAGGUGUUGGUCUCGCUGUGCUUUGGAUGGAUGGACCUUUGUUGAUACUCGGUGCAUGAAGACGAAGGAACGAGGAGGCUGUCAUGUAAAGCGCAUAGACGUCCAAGAAAGUGCCUGAACUUCGUCUUUGUCCACACAAACCAAAAACAGGGGGAACCUGCCUGAGCUCAACAAGUCAUGGAUGACUCGAGCAUCCUGAGACGCAGGGGACUCCAGAAGGAGCUGAGCCUUCCCAGGAGAGGCAGCUUCUGUCGGACGAGCAACAGGAAGAGCCUGAUCGUGACGUCCAGCACGUCGCCCACGCUGCCCCGGCCGCACUCGCCUCUGCAUGGACACACAGGGACGAGUCCCCUCGACAGCCCACGGAACUUCUCCCCGAACACAGCCGCUCACUUCUCCUUUGUUCCUGCACGAAGCCAUGGACAUAGGGCUGACAGGACGGAUGGCAGACGCUGGUCUCUGGCCUCGUUGCCUUCUUCUGGCUAUGGAACCAACACUCCCAGCUCCACUGUCUCGUCCUCCUGUUCAUCUCAGGAGAAACUGCACCAGCUGCCCUUCCAGCCCACGCCCGACGAGCUGCACUUCCUCACUAAACACUUCAGCUCAGAGAGCAUCACUGAUGAGGAGGGCCGGCGCUCGCCCGCCAUGAGACCGCGCUCCCGCAGCCUCAGCCCCGGCCGCUCGCCCAUCGCCUUCGACCACGAGAUUGUGAUGAUGAACCAUGUGUACAAGGAGAGGUUCCCCAAGGCCACGGCUCAGAUGGAGGAGCGACUGGCUGAGCUGCUCUCCUCCUCGGCCCCGGAGAAGGUUUGCCCGCUGGCCGACGGGGUCCUGAGCUUCAUCUACCAUCAGCUGAUAGAGCUGUCCAGAGACUGCCUGGAGAAAAGCAGAGAGGGCCUCAUCACCUCCCGCUACUUCUACGAGCUCCAGGAGAACCUGGAGAAGCUGCUGCAAGAUGCUCACGAACGCUCGGAGAGCGUGGAGGUUACCUUUGUCACGCAGCUCGUCAAGAAGCUGAUGAUCAUCAUCGCCCGCCCGGCCCGUCUGCUGGAGUGUCUGGAGUUUGACCCUGAGGAGUUCUACCACUUGUUGGAAGCAGCUGAGGGCCAUGCCAAGGAGGGCCAGGGCAUCAAGUGCGACAUCCCCAGAUACAUCAUCAGCCAGCUGGGCCUCACCCGGGACCCCCUGGAGGAAAUGGCCCAGCUGAGCAGCUAUGACAGUGGGAACCCAGAGACGCCCGAGACAGACGACUCCGUGGACAGCCAAGGAACUACAGUCCCAGGACCACCGCCUCAGACUAAAACCAAAACCCCUCGGGAAGAAGACUUUGAAAACAUCAAGCUGAUCAGUAACGGCGCCUACGGUGCUGUGUUUCUGGUGCGUCACAAAGAGUCUCGGCAGCGCUUCGCCAUGAAAAAGAUCAACAAACAGAACCUGAUUCUGAGGAACCAGAUCCAGCAGGCCUUUGUGGAACGAGACAUCUUGACGUUUGCUGAGAACCCGUUCGUGGUCUCCAUGUUCUGCUCCUUCGAGACCAGGAGGCACCUCUGCAUGGUGAUGGAGUACGUGGAGGGUGGAGACUGCGCCACGCUGCUGAAGAACAUCGGCGCUCUGCCGGUCGACAUGGCUCGGAUGUACUUUGCAGAGACUGUCCUCGCGCUGGAGUAUCUGCACAACUACGGCAUCGUGCACAGAGACCUCAAACCAGACAAUCUUCUCAUCACUUCUAUGGGGCACAUUAAGCUGACGGACUUUGGCCUCUCAAAGAUCGGUCUGAUGAGUUUGACGACCAACCUGUAUGAAGGACACAUAGAGAAAGACACCAGAGAGUUCCUGGAUAAACAGGUGUGUGGGACUCCCGAGUACAUCGCCCCAGAGGUGAUCCUGCGCCAGGGCUACGGGAAGCCGGUGGACUGGUGGGCCAUGGGGGUCAUCCUGUACGAGUUCCUGGUGGGCUGCGCUCCCUUCUUCGGAGACACACCAGAGGAGCUGUUUGGGCAGGUGAUCAGUGAUGAGAUCAUGUGGCCGGAGGAGGAUGAGGCUCUGCCCCAGGAGGCUCAAGACCUCAUCUCCAAGCUGCUGAGACAGAACCCUCUGGAGCGACUGGGCACCGGAAGUGCCUAUGAGGUGAAGCAGCACUCGUUCUUCACAGAGCUGGACUGGAACAGCCUGCUGAGGCAGAAGGCUGAGUUCAUCCCCCAGCUGGAGUCCGAGGACGACACCAGCUACUUCGACACUCGUUCGGAUCGGUACCACCACGUGGAUUCAGAGGAGGAAGACGACACCAACGACGACGAACAUGUGGAGAUUCGACAGUUCUCCUCCUGCUCGCCUCGCUUCAGCAAGGUGUACAGCAGCAUGGAGCGUCUGUCGCUACACGAGGAAAAGCGGACUCCUCCUCCCACCAAACGCAGCUUCAGUGAGGAGGGAGGAGAUCGCAUCGACAGCCUGAGCGGCCUGAAGUCCAGGGAUCGAUCGUGGCUGGUGGGAUCUCCAGAGAUACUGAGGAAGCGUCUGUCGGUGUCAGAGUCGUCCCACACAGAGAGCGACUCCAGCCCCCCCCUCACUGUCCGGAGGCGCUGCUGCUCUGCCAUUAUUGAGAUGCCUCGCUUUGCCAUCUCUUCUGAAGAGGAAGGAGGCCAAGGAUUGCCUGGAAGCCGUAAGAGUCCCAGCCUGCAGGGUGCCGUUAGGGGUCCGCGGGGUGACGAGCUCCCCCUUGCCAUCCCAGAGAUCCCUGUGGAGAGGGAGCUGAAGCUGGACGAGUCCCCCACCACCCCGAGCUCCACCUCCAGCCAGCAGAGCAAGGCCACGCUCACACCCGGCAGCUCUGGAGACGUGUGUGACCGCGGUAAUGGCAGCGGUGGCACGGUCGGAUCUGCUAAAGGUUCAGGGAACGAAUCUCCAUCCACUCCGAAGGCAAUCAGUGACCUUGCCGCUCGCAGGGCUCGUCACCGCCUGCUGUCAGGAGAGACAGACAAGCACGUUGCGAUGCCGAGCUCCAGACCAGUCAACAAGGUCAUCAAGUCGGCCUCGGCCACCACCCUGUCCCUGAUGAUCCCCUCGGACCACCAUGGAGCCUCCCCACUGGCCAGCCCCAUGUCGCCUCACUCACUGUCGUCUAAUCCCUCGUCGCGAGACUCCUCCCCGAGCCGGGACCUGUCCCCAGCCGUGAGCAGCAUCAAACCUGCUAUCGUUAUUCACCGAGCGGGAAAGAAGUAUGGCUUCACUCUCAGAGCCAUCCGCGUAUACAUAGGCGACUCCGACAUCUACACGGUGCAGCACAUGGUCUGGCAUGUGGAGGGGGGGGGUCCCGCUCAUGAGGCAGGGCUGAGGGAGGGAGACCUGAUCACUCAUGUCAACGGGGAGCCGGUCCACGGUCUGGUCCACACCGAGGUGGUGGAGCUCAUACUGAAGAGCGGCGCCAAAGUCUCCAUCUCUGCCACCCCAUUUGAGAACACAUCCAUCAAAGUUGGCCCUGCACGGAAAACCAGCAACAAGUCCAAGAUGGCGCGACGCAACAAGAAGACCAAGACCAAGGAGGGACAAGACAGCAAGAAGAGAACAUCUCUGUUCAGGAAGAUCACCAAGCAGGCGUCUCUCCUCCACACCAGCCGCAGUCUGUCGUCUCUGAACCGCUCUCUGUCCUCUGGGGAGAGUGGACCCGGCUCGCCGACACACAACCUUUCACCACGGAGCCCAACACAGGGCUACAGGUCCAUUCCAGACUCCGCCCACUCCGUGGGUGGAAACUCAUCUCAGAGCAGCUCCCCCAGCUCCAGCGUCCCCAACUCCCCCGCCAGCUCAGGCCACAUCCGGCCCAGCUCGCUGCACGGCCUCGCCCCGAAGCUGCAGCGCCAGUACCGCUCACCACGGCGCAAGUCUGCCGGCAACAUCCCCCUCUCCCCUCUGGCCCGCACGCCGUCCCCCACCCCUCAGAGCAGCUCCCCUCAGCGCUCUCCCUCGCCGCUGCCCAGCCACGCUGUGGGCCAGUCCUUCCCCGUCAAGCUCCACUCCUCCCCUCCCCUGGUGAGGCAGAUGUCCAGACCCAAGAGUGCGGAGCCUCCUCGCUCACCGCUCCUCAAACGGGUGCAGUCUGCUGAGAAGCUGGCCGCUUCCCUCUCGAGCUCCCCCUCGUCCUCUUCUGGGGCCGCAGCCGCAGCCGGUGCAGCCGUAGGAAGUCGGAAACACAGUCUGGACAUCUCACACUCGGAGUUUAAAGAGAAGAUUCUGCAGAGGGAACCGAGUCUGCAGAGCCUUCAGGAGGCAGCCAGCGAGGGUCUGCCGUCCUCAGGAGGACGCGGCGUGGAGAAGGGCAGCCUGCAGAAACACCCCUCCUCAUCCAGGAAGCUGGGGCGCCAGGAAGGGGACGGAGCCCUCGGCACGGUGUCCGGCGCUCUGGGUCUGGCUCCUGGGAAGAGCAAGCUGAAGGACAAACUGUCUGCCAUCCGGCAGGACCGAGCCGAGCGCAGGGAGUCGCUGCAGAAGCAAGAUGCCAUCCACGAGGUGGAUUCGUCGGAGGACGAGACAGACGAGGGCUCGGAGGACAGCCAGGACGGACGCAGGGGGGCCACUUUCACCCCGCCCCCACUGCUGAGGCCCACCACUGUGAGAACCGGCCCUGGAGGAACCCUGCCGUCCCUCUGCCUCUCCCCGUGCACCCCCCAUGCCACAUUUAGCCACACGGGCUCCACACAGAUAGGCCGGCCCUCCCCCUCUGUCACAGAAAGCAAGUCUGCACACAGCUCCUCUGCUCCAGGAGCAAAAGACGGGAGCUCCAGCUCCUCAGCAGAAGAUACAAGGCAAGAACGGAAGGUUCUGGAGCCAAGCGGUACCACCAAACCCACUCAGGGUCCCCUUUCCUUCUCCACUCCAGGCAGUGCAUUCAUCUCAGUCAGCAAAGACACCUUCCUUAAGCCAACUCCUCCAGGGGACUCAAAGAGCCUCGCGGGAAAGACUGGACCAGAUCACACCCUGGACAGCCCCAGAACCUCCACCCCCCCCACAGUCAGCACUGCAAGUUCUGCUGACAGCCGGGAGCCCCCCCGCUCCUCCUGCUCCUCUCCAGGCAUCCCCAAGGAGAAGAAGGAGGCCGAUAACCGGAGGCUCUGUGCCGCCGCCGCCGCCGCCGGGCAGGCUGCUUCGUCUCCGCCAGCCUCCAGCUCCCCGGUUCUGCCGUUUGAGAGCGGGGUGGACAGAGUGGUGUCUCAGCUUGCAACCGUAGCUAGAAGCGUUCUGGGACCCGUCAAACUCAGCACUGCUGCAGACAAGAGCGUGAAGGAGCAGAGACCAUCUAGAGGUGGAACCCCAGAGGUCCAUCAGGACCCGCUCUCAUUGUCCCACCUGUCGCCCACCAGGCAGAAGCCUGAGCGCGGGGACUCGCAGAGUGUUUCCCAGAGGUCGACCAAGUCUUCAGCCCAGAAAGACUGUGUGGGCUCAGCAGCGCCGUCCUGCAAAGACGCCCGGGAGGAGCCGGUGCCGAGUCCUGCAGGCAGGGAGGGUUCUGCCCCGCCAGCGCCUGUCCAGCGACCAGCAGCGGGUCGCGCUCCGAACGCCGAACCGCAGCGCAGAAGGUCCGAAGUCCAGGCAGCACCUGCCAGCGACGCCGCCUUCGGAGCCUCCGCCUCCUCCGCCUCCUCCAACUCCUCCAACUCCCAACACGACAAAGCAACCAGCAAGACAACGUAGCAGCAAAUGGACAUGGAGCAGAACAAACUGUACAGAUCACACUUACUCUGCAUGUUUGAGGGGAACAGGAUACAGUAUUAGUAGCUUCACUCUAAGGGACUCAAGGCGAGAGCAGACACCGCGGUCGCCGUGGUUCCCUGCAGCCCUUUCUCUUUCUAGUUCAGUGGUCAGUGCUUGGAGGUUUCAACUCCCACAUCUACUGUAUCUCUUCGCACUCUGUGCUGUUUUGUGCUGCCUUAUUAACUUUGCCUUGUUGUUCAGCAGAGCCUACACUUGCUCACUCCUCAGAUCGGAUCAUCUCCCCACUCUCACCCACGCUGCUGCCCAGCGGAGUCUCAGCAUCUCAGCAAUAAAGUGCAGCUUAGGUUCAAAGGCAUUUCAGCGUCUUUAAGAGGAGUCCGUGCGCUCAGCACCAGCUCGGCCAAAUGUCGGCUGCUGGCACCAGGGACAAAUAUUCCCUGAGCACUGACUGCAGGGGGCUCCAGAACAGGCUCUACUGGUUUGUCCUGCUCAGCUGCCAAGCUGGCCUCGCCCUGGUUGAACCACCACCUGUAACCGUGGACCAACCUGCUGUGUUGUUUGUUAGUUUGCUGUUUGUGAGGGAGAGCGUUGAGCAUGGUUCUCUACCGUCUGUACAUACAAGCAUAUACAAGAAUAUUUAAAGUGUGUUGUGCAUCAGUUUUAUACUUCGAGUGCGUGUGUCAGGAUUCUGACCUGUGUGUGUCUGUUUGGGGCAUCAGGCUUUGCACAAACCUUUCUCUCGUUUGUGUAUUUAAGAAGGAAGAGGAAACCUGCUAGUGAUUGUAGCUGCAUUCUGCCGGUUCUGCAGGAGAAACGCCGCUCCCCCUUCGUGUCUGGACUCCCGGCUCCACUCGCGUCACUGUCAGACACAUUUGAGCUGAAUGUUUACAUAUUGUUUGUUUCUUGACAAUGGAACGUGUUGCCUGUAACAAUCAGAGCUCCUCUGACCAACUGGAUACCGAUCAUAUUGUUUCCGUGUUACUGGAGCUGCGGUGGAGGACGUGGACCGGCGUUUACCUGGUGCCCGUGAUGAGUCAGACUUUCACAGGUCGAGUCCAAAACACUUGAUCCACACGUCAGAGCAGCUUUGUGUUUCGAUUCUGAGUGAGAAGCUGUGUGGAUCGGCCCGUCCAAUGUGUCCUGGGGCCUGUUGGAAGAGUCACACUAGAAGCAGAGUUGUUCUUUCAACUCCACCUAGAGCCAGAAACCACAGGAUUUAGCUUUAAUGGUCACAUUCUCAGCAGGUUCACACCAGAGGGUUGGAGUCAGUGUUGUACACGUUAGUAGUUACUGGUUGAGGUUUUUAUGAGAUGUAGUAGGAGUACCUUUAAAACGAACCACUAAGAAACGUGUAAUAAUGAAGCAGAUAGUGUAUCAGUGACUAAACGCUCCUGUAGCUCCAGACAAAGCUCACACACACUGUCGUUUGUUUGCUUGACUUUGUGCAGUGGUUGUUGAGCCGUAGCGCUUGUGUGUAACCAGAUGAUCUGCUGCCGCCCACACAGAUCCACUGGUUUCAUCGGAUCCAGUGGUGCCACUUCCCCAACUGCUCCCGUGUGGAGUGUGGACUGGUUCCAAUGCAGUGACCGUGUUCUGGACGGAUCCAGCGUUUUCUGACUCCUUGCUGUCAUUGAAUAUGAAGCCAGCGUGGCCUGUUUUGUUGCGUGGACUAAUGAAAGGUUCAGAACAUUUCUUAUUUUCCAAUUGCACCCAAUAACAGACUGAUCAGAUGGGUCCUGGGAGGUUUGUCCACGCGGCUUCUGUCUCCGUUUGGGCUCAGACACCAAAAGGUGCUGGUCCGGUUGAUGUGAAGUGGUUCCGUCACUAAGGAACUUCCACCUCUGACUCAGUCUUUGAGGCACAUAGAUUUAAAGGACUGGGAAUGAAGAGGUGGCAACGCAUCGGUGAUGUUUCAUGUGUUGAGCUUGUGUUUGUGUCUGAUUUUAUUGACUUGAUUAUUGCAGACGAGGGCAGUAUUUCCAAGCUGUGUGUUGUUUGUCAUUAAAGGCCGAUGAGGAGGAGGAGGAAGAAGCUUUGGCUGUUAAAGAGAUAUUGGGAUAAAAACACUGUUAGAGUGAAACCAGUGCAAUAUCUUUUUAUUUUUUAUUGUGGUAAAAGCAUGUUGUUGUCAAUCGUACCUUACAACAAUAAUAAAGGUUUUUUUUUAUGUA